GAUGCAUGGCGAUCUUUACGAGAGCUCUUGCUCGGUGGUGUGUCCGUCGGAGGAAGAUCUGCGGGUUUCACUAAAUAGGCAUUACGAAUUUUCCGACUAAAGAAACGAUUAUCGAGUUAUUCGAACGGUGCGUAAAAAUUCACUCGUAACUCCUAAGUAGUUGCGAACGAACGAACGAAUGUUUUUUCGCGAUAUCUUUAACGGAGAAUUGGUUGCGAGAGACUUCGACAGGCAUUGGUCGCCAUACGAACGAAAAUUCCUCCUUCAUCGACCGAUUUGACUGAUUUUUGAGAUCCAGUCACCGAAAACUUCCAUCAUUCCGUCAAUAACCGAGAGCCGACCCGCAGGGUGGCGAUCAUUUGAUAAGGGUUCUAUCUGCGAUAGGCUGGUAGGCCAGUCUAUUGGUGGGUGUGUGAAUACCUGUGGCAACUGGAAGUUGGCCCUGAACGCAGAGCCCCCGUGGCUUUGCUAGCACCCCCAGAGUGAUCUUGUCUUAACCCGCCUUCCCACGACUCACAUAAUUCUUGUUGACAGCUGCCUCUUUGCUGCCUAGAGCCUACAGAGUAUCUUCUAAAAACUCAAAACAAUCAUCAUGAAGGUUCACAAUCAGGACGAACGUAUCCAUGUCUUGGACAGUGCGUCAAAUGUUAUGAGUGUUAUCAAAGAUAUUGCAUUGAGUGGACUACAAGAAGAAGCUUUUUAUGUACUUGAUAUUGGAGACAUUGUUCAUAAACACCAAAUUUGGAAAGAAAAAAUGCCACGUGUUAGCCCAUAUUAUGCUGUGAAGUGCAACGAUAAUUUAGUUGUAAUUGAGGUACUGGCUUCUCUCGGUAUUGGUUUCGAUUGUGCAUCAAAAACGGAGAUUAAUAAAGUAUUAAGUGUUGGAGUAGAUUCAUCAAGAAUUAUAUUUGCCAAUCCAGCCAAGCCAGCAUCCCAUAUUCGUCAUGCUGCUACUGUUGGAGUAGACACCAUGACAGUAGACAAUGAAAGCGAAUUACAUAAAAUUAAGAAGCUUCAUCCUGAUGCUAAGAUUGUCAUUAGAAUUCGUUGUGAUGCAGAAGUCGCUCAGUGUCAGUUGGGCAUGAAGUUUGGUUGUGAUCCGAUAUAUGAAGCCCCUAAUCUUUUACAUCUCUCGCGCAUGUUAGGACUUAACGUUGUUGGUGUAAGUUUUCAUGUUGGCUCUGGUUGUCAAGAUCCACCAGUGUUUCAUCGAGCUAUACGACACGCCAAAACAUUGUUUGACUUGGCUACAGAUCUUGGUUAUAAACCAUAUUUGUUAGAUCUCGGUGGUGGUUACCCAGGAAAUAAAGGCACCAAUAUUGAUAAAAUUGCUGAUGUUGUUAAUAAAGCACUUGACGAAUAUUUCAACACCAAUGCUGUUCACGUUAUUGCUGAACCUGGUCGCUUUUAUGUUGCAUCUGCAUUUACACUCGCUACAAGUAUUCACAGCAAACGUUCAGUGCGUGGCAAUGAAAAUUCACCAAGCGUAAUCACACACAAUAUGUAUUAUAUUAAUGAUGGCGUUUAUGGUUCCUUCAAUUGUCUACUUUAUGAUCAUCAACAUGUUACACCACUACCUUUAAAGAAAGGUUAUGGAAAGAUGGUUCCAUCAAGUAUUUGGGGACCAACCUGUGAUGGUCUGGAUCAAGUCGCGGAAAAUGUUUUAUUACAUGAAAUGGAUCUUGGCGAUUGGAUAAUCUUUGAAAAUAUGGGAGCGUACACAUUACCUGUUGCUUCUCCAUUUAACGGAUUUCCCGUACCAAAGGUUCAUAUUGUUGCUGAAGAAAACAUUUGGCUUCUGUUGAAAGAUGCUUUGCCUUUGACUGAAGACCAUUUUGUUAUUGGGAAUACACCGGCUAAUUUACGACUCGGUCUGGAUAUUAGUGGAACUGAUAUCAAUGCAUGGCGUAAUCCUAACAUAGAAUUGACGUCAAAUGAAAUCUUGGCUGAUACUACUAAUACAUCGUCAUUCAUCUACGACUAUGUUGAGGUUGAUCCUCUGAAUUAACUGACAUUUUACGAAUACGACAAAUUCAUUAAAAUGUACUCGGCAUUUGUG